UACGGGUGUCCGCGGUGCUGAGUUGAUUGAAAUGGCAGGUGAAGAAAUGAAUGAAGACUAUCCUGUAGAAAUUCAUGAAUCUUUAUCAGCCUUGGAGAGCUCCCUGGGUGCUGUGGAUGACAUGUUGAAGACCAUGAUGUCUGUUUCUAGAAAUGAGUUGUUGCAGAAGUUGGACCCACUGGAGCAAGCAAAGGUGGAUUUAGUUUCUGCAUACACAUUAAAUUCAAUGUUUUGGGUUUAUUUGGCAACUCAAGGAGUUAACCCUAAGGAGCAUCCAGUGAAACAAGAAUUGGAAAGAAUCAGAGUUUACAUGAACAGAGUCAAAGAAAUUACAGACAAGAAAAAGGCUGCCAAGCUGGACAGAGGCGCUGCCUCGAGAUUUGUCAAAAACGCGCUCUGGGAACCCAAACAGAAAAACACACCAAACAUUGCUAAUAAAGGAAAAAGUAAACACUAACCUUCUGGUUCUGAUGUACAUGUUUUAAAAAAGUACAUCGUUUUUAUCAAUUUACAAAGUAGGUAGUUAUGUGGCAAUGCAAGGUUUAAAUGGAUUCCUUUUUGAAUUCAUGUAUAAAUUUACACAUUAAACUUGUGAUACUGAAUUUUUUUUUUUUUUUGCUGAGAAAGAUUACGUUGUCUUUAUUGAUUUUUCCUAUAAAGCAUCAUGAUGUUUUUAAUAUUGUAAGGUAUUCUAUAAGCAAUUGUGAAAUCCAAAUGUUCUUUGUAAACAUUUGUAGUGCUUUAAAUGAGUAAUGAUAUUAUGAAGUGUGCUGUCUGUAGACUGGAGUUAUAAGGACAUCUGUUUUUACUAAUGACGAUAAAUGCGAUAACUUAAAUACCCAUUUUGUUUUUCUGUUUAGUUAGUUCAACAUGUUUCUGUGAUUUUUGGAGUAAUUGCUUCCUUGAUAUUCAAAGUGCAAAAUUGAUAACCUUAAGGCUGUACUUUAAUUCAUCAUGUUCCAUUUAAAAUAAAAUAUUCUCAUCACCACUGAUAGGCAAUAGGGCUGUAUGUCCUGGCUGGCUUUGGCUUGAUUCCCCCCUAAUCAAGGUUGUAGCUGUGUAACUCACUCGUUUCUUGCUAUCCACAGAGAAAGUAAACAUAUUCUCUAGAUGAGGAAGGCAGGAUCCUUACCCUAGGCCAUGUGCACUUAUGACCAACUUUCUUUAUUAAAUACUGUCCCUUGGGCACAGGAGGAAUCACAUUGUAUUUAUAUUCUGACAUAUUUUUCCAGAAUACUUGUUUAUGGAAUAUUAUUAAGCCCUUUUGGUGACUGAGCCCAUAUAGCCUUGCUGCUCUCAGCCCCCAUCAUCAUGUGUAGGAAUCCCAACUAUAGCUAAGUUCUUUAAUUUUCCAGAAUAAGAGUUGUUGAAAUUGUCUGUGGUUAAUGUCUCACAACUAACUUUGAAUAUAUGAAUUUUUUUUUGAUUCAUGGUAGCAGAUUUUGAAAAGGUCUUAAGUUAUAAUGGGCUUUGUAAGGCGUGUUAAAAUUAUAGAUGCAGAAAAAUCUCUUAGCUCUGGUACCAGAUAUUUUUUGAAGUGCAAAAACAUUUAUGAACAUUUGUAGUUAUUUCACUCUUUGCCAUUUUAAUUCUCCUGAAUUUCUAGCUAGUUUUAAAGUAACUUCAUUAGAGAAAUAGUGCUUUAUUAAGAUAAUUGUAGAAUGGAUUCUUAAUGCUGUUCAUUGCAAAGAAACUUGUAUCUUGUAUUUCUUUUUUUUAAUUUCAUAAAAAAUUUUAAUGAAAAUUGUCACAUGAUUGCAGAAAAUUAUUAGCCACAUGUUUGUUUCUGAAAGUCCAGCUCUACAUCCUAUUAAACUGGAGAUCUGUAAA